GUUAAGAUUGCGCGAGACUGCGGUUUAUUUUGGCGCCUUCUCUCCGCGCGUUCUUGAGUGGAGGUUGUACGGCUGUUCCCCUCGGGUAGUGGGGAAAUCUAAGUUCAUUUCAAGGCAUUCGAAAUGGGGAAAGACUAUUAUUGCAUUUUGGGAAUUGAAAAAGGAGCUUCAGAUGAAGAUAUUAAAAAGGCUUACCGAAAACAAGCCCUCAAAUUUCAUCCGGAUAAGAACAAAUCUCCUCAAGCAGAGGAAAAAUUUAAAGAGAUCGCAGAAGCUUAUGAAGUAUUGAGUGAUCCUAAAAAGAGAGAAAUAUAUGAUCAGUUUGGAGAGGAAGGGUUGAAAGGAGGAGCAGGAGGUACUGAUGGACAAGGAGGUACCUUUCGGUACACCUUUCAUGGCGAUCCUCAUGCCACAUUUGCAGCAUUUUUUGGAGGCUCUAACCCCUUUGAAAUUUUCUUUGGAAGACGCAUGGCUGGUGGUAGAGAUUCUGAAGAAAUGGAAGUAGAUGGAGAUCCUUUUAGUGCCUUUGGAUUCAGCAUGAAUGGAUAUCCAAGAGACAGGAAUUCUGUGGGGCCGUCCCGCCUCAAACAAGAUCCUCCAGUUAUUCAUGAACUGAGAGUAUCACUUGAAGAAAUAUAUAGUGGUUGUACCAAACGGAUGAAGAUUUCUCGAAAAAGGUUAAAUCCUGAUGGAAGGAGUUAUAGAUCUGAGGACAAAAUUCUCACCAUUGAGAUUAAAAAAGGAUGGAAAGAAGGCACCAAAAUUACUUUUCCAAGGGAAGGAGAUGAAACACCAACUAGUAUUCCAGCAGACAUCGUUUUUAUCAUUAAAGAUAAAGAUCACCCCAAAUUUAAAAGAGAUGGAUCAAAUAUAAUUUAUACUGCUAAAAUUAGUUUACGAGAGGCAUUGUGUGGCUGCUCAGUUAAUGUACCAACAAUGGAUGGAAGAACCAUACCUAUGGCAGUAAAUGAUAUUGUGAAACCUGGGAUGAGAAGAAGAAUUAUUGGAUAUGGGCUGCCGUUUCCAAAAAAUCCGGACCAACGUGGUGACCUUCUAAUAGAAUUUGAGGUGUCCUUCCCAGAUUCUAUAUCCUCAUCAUCCAAAGAAGUACUUAGGAAACAUCUUCCUGCCUCAUAGAAUAAAAAACUUUGUUAUCAAAUAUUUUGAUAAGGCACUGAAAAUAUAAAAAGACUGGCAGUUUACUGAUGUAGAUGUGAAUUCUGUAUAAAGAUGUGUAAAUUAUUUUGAGGGUUCAUUAAAUUGCAUGAACAGAGACGGGUCAAAUUAAUAGGCAAAAGGGAUUUUUAUAGUUAGAGAU